AGAGAAACAGGAAAUAGAUAUCCCUUUUCUCCGAGAAAUGUCAGGUUGAUAGUUUCUUUGUAAAUUUGUUUGGUUAUUCGCUGUUUGUCUGGCGAUGAAGGGGAUAGUAGUUGAUUAUUGCUAAAUCAGGAGGAAGCGACUUUGUUUAGUGGUGAUCAGUGUUGGGAUCGAGUGGGGAGGUUGUGGUGUCACUACCAGAGAGUCCGCAACCAGGAGUAUCAAUCCAAAGCUCAGUAUAACCCCUGUGAAUAAUGGAACACUGCUGAUGGUUGUUAACCAAGGCUAUUGUCAACUGGGGUUGGUCAGUAUUGUUAGAUUCUCCCUAACAGGCCUGAUUAAUAUUCCAUAAGCAUAAGAGUGAGGCUGUUUUAAUCUGGUGUUCUGCUGGAAUCUGUACCUCUAAGAUCAGACGACAUUCGUUCCGUAGUUGGAGUGUUGUUUUUUCUUUUUUUUUUCACAGCAGGAGUUGAAUUGGUCUGCAAUCGUUACUUCCAGUAGGCUGUCGCAAACGAAACAUUGUAAUGUAUGCAGCAGGUGGUUCUGGGCUUCCUGGUACUGGGGGACGAAGGAGACGAACAGCAGGUGGAAGUGGCACCCUUCCAAAGCAACCAGAACGAAGUUUGGCUUCAGCACUACCUGGGGCACUUUCUAUCACAGCGCUCUGCACUGCUUUGGCAGAACCAGCUUGGCUGAGAAUUCACGGUGGGACUUGUCCACGGCAAGAGCUUGGUGUUGCAGAUGUCUUGGGCUCAGUGGAUGUAGAACUUUUGGAAGAGUAUUGCAUGAAUAAACAAGCACUGCUGUUGCUUCGGGUUAUUGCAGCUUUCUGUUUCCUGGGAAUCCUCUGUAGCCUUUCAGCCUUCUUGUUAGAUGUUUUUGGACCGAAGCACCCAGCACUGAAAAUCACACGUCGCUAUGCCUUUGCUCACAUCCUGACAGUUCUGCAGUGUGCCACAGUCAUUGGCUUCUGUUACUGGGCAUCUGAGUUGAUCCUAACUCUCCAGCAGCAGCACAAGAAGUAUCACGGCUCCCUUGUCUAUGUCACCUUUGCUGUCAGCUUCUACUUGGUAGCUGGUGCGGGUGGAGCUUCUAUCCUUGCCACUGCUGCUAACCUGCUGCGUCACUACCCAACAGAGGAAGAGGAGCAAGCUCUAGAGUUGUUAUCUGAGAUGGAGGAAAAUGAGCCAUAUCCUUUGGAAUACGAGAUCAUAAACCAGUUCCAGCCACCUCCGGCAUACACGCCAUGACACUGAAGUAUCAAGACAUCCAGCACUGGUCAUCUGCUUCUUAGUCCACUUUUGGCUCAACUGUAUAUAAACAAGUGAUUGUGUGCAUACACAUGAAUCAGUAUCCUUACAUGCGUAAUUUUCUGUACAUACAUACAUGUUGUUGAGAUUUCUUGAUGGGGAUGGCACUUUAGUAGAGCUGACUUAGCAAUGAGGAUGUGUCAUCUCUCCUCUUGUUUGUCUGUUGAGCUCAUAAGUAGUAUUUGUGAGCCCUAAAAUGCUCAUUGAACUGUGGCAGCUGUCUGCUGAACAUCAUGUGCUCUUGUGACACUGAGUAGAGUCACACGUGUCUUGUCAACUUUGCACCCAUUGCUCUGCGGUAACUGUGUACAACAUCUAACAUAAGUUUGACUCUAACUUUUGGGUGGGGUGGGUACUGUGGUACCUUAGCAGUUACAGUGUGCACUGAUUUACUAAAACAUUGGCAUCCCCAUCAUAAAUGCUGGUGCCUCCCCUCCUUGGGAGAGGCUGUUUGCAUAGGUCACUUAAGUAAUUUGAGGAAGGGAGCUAGAGGUUUCCCAACUAAGAAUGUGGAAAGGUUGUGAAUUGUCUACACACAAAGGUAGAUAUUACAAGAAAUUAGCAGGUUCAUGGGAGCUGGUUUCAUGCUUGGCAGAGAUUUAAGCAUAAUGCAUUUUAGGGUAGAGGUAUACAGAAACUGCUGAAUGUUGGUAAAAACCUUGGGGUGUCAGAGGGUGUCAUGAAGCACACCAGCAGGGAACUUUAUGAAAUAAUGCAGAAAACAUAUUCUGAAAAAAGGACAGUAUGUGUUUGAAUGUUUAGUUUUACUGUUAAGAUGGGAUGUAUAAUGGCAUAGGAUUAUCUGUUUUGUAUCUCAUUUGUUAAACAUGUCACCUGCUGUUAGUGGUGGUAUACACCCAAUGUGCGUUUGGUCCAGACACUGCUUUGUCCUAAGUGUGAUGGAAACACCAUUAGUCUGAAUGUCACCUUCACUUCCCUCUUGCCAUUAUGAACAACUAUUAGUGACUUGCUCAUUUUUUUUAGGGAAGAGAUAGAUACAGGGGCAUCUAGUACAGGCAGUAUGUGCAUGGAAUUACAUACACAUGAACCACCUUGACUUCACAUGCCACAAAUUGGGAUGAAUUAAGGGUAUGUUGAUAGGGAAAAAGCUGCUUCCCAUACCAUAUGAAUGGUAUAUGAUGACACCCCAGUGCCUCUGUCCAUCUUGCUGUGGACAUUGAGAAGCAGUUGAACAUGGAAAGUGGUGGAUGGCAUAGGAUACAAGAUACAGGUUUGACAAAGAAAGUUUGGUAAACCAAUGGAAUUGAUAAAGAGCCAAAUUAAACUGUUAUGUCAUUACCUCUAGAAAUUGCAGGAUUUCCUUCUUUGCCUUUUUUUAGAUUGCAUUGAUGAAAUGACUGUAUUCUUCUUCAUAUUUUCUGAUAGAAUAGUAUAUCAACCAGUACAAAGACUGUGUCCUUCUACUGUGUCAUAUUAAAUCUUAGUUCAGAGGUCUUUGUCCAUCUUCAUAUCAGAAGCAGGCACUGUGUCCUUCACACCUGUACUCCUAGAAGAUAACCCGCCCAUCUUUACAUAUGACAUUCUUGAGCGCUGUACGCUAGUCUUAAUUUCAGUUGUCUGCACCAACACCCUUCACAACAUCUAAAGGAAACUGUAAGUCUACUAGCAAAUAGUAUAUUCUUGAGAACACACUAUUCUGCUGCACAUAUGCACCUCUUUGAAGCACAGUGCACUUGCCAUUGCCCUGUUUGGCCAAGCUCACCAAAUGCUCUUCUGCUCCUUUCUGUAGUAGUACCUAUUAAAGGCACUGCUCCUCUUUUCUGCAGCAGUACCCAUUAAAAGCAUCAAGCUCCUGCCAGCAUUAGCACCUGCAGAAGGCAACAUGUAUGUCACCACUCCAGUUCCUUUCCUCACAUUGAGGUUUUGUCACUUCAAAAUUAUUUCAGAACGCUUCCUUACACUGUCAGUUUUUUUCAUGUCUGAGAUUGAUUUGUGUUGACUGACUACUCACAUUAAUGUGGAGAAACUAACAGAAUUUGGAAAUAAUGCCACUCUCUUUUAUCUAAUUGUUCCAUAUCUGCAGUCAGAGAUCAUUAUUUUGUUUGCACAUGCAAGUUAGUAUUUUGUUCAUUUCUCUCAAUUUUUGACUCUGUGUAUCAAAAGGCUUGUUUUAAUAUUCUUGUCUCUAAAUUUACAUUAUUACUUUUUUACUUUAGAAAAAAAUAAAUUUGGAUUCAGUCCAA